CAUCUGGCCCUGAAAAGAUAGCAGUAUCUUUUCUCAGCAGUAGGCCUUUGUCUGUUGUAUGAUAAUUCGCUGCGCCUUUCAACAAUGGCGGUCGGUUUAUGCUCCGAAGCUACUAAGAUCCUCUCUGUUUUUGCUCUCAGCCUCUUAAUUUGUUACAUCAUCUCCAAAUGGCUGAAGCGUUGUAGUUACCCCCCUGGACCGAUAGGACUACCCAUUGUAGGUUACGCACCUUUUCUGGGGAAAAAACCGCAGAUAACUUUGAGAAACUUGAGCAGAAAGUACGGAGACAUUUUUAGCUUUUACAUUGGACCUCAACUUAUUAUCUGCAUAAAUGAUUACCAUCUAGCGAAAGAAAUCCUUACUCAUCCCCUGACAUUAGCUCGCCCAUCUCAUGCUUUCGAUUUCCUUAUUGGAAGAGGUGGAUUUUCUGGCAUGAAUGGCAAGGAAUGGCAAGAACAACGGCGAUUUACCAUGCAUACAAUGCGAAAUUUAGGCCUCGGAAAAGGACUCUGGGAAACGAUGAUUCAG